AAUAUAUAUAUAUAUUGUUUUAAACAAAUACAAAUUACAAUAAUGCUUAUAAAUAUAUUUAACAAUUUUAUCAUGAUUAAAAAUGCUACUGUUGAAAGAAAUUCCUUUGAGUGAAGCGCGGGGAAAGUAAAAGCGCGCACUGGGAGAUGUUGCUUAGUAACAGUCGCUGCAUGCUUCUCAACUUGUACACUUUUUCUCCUGCGACUUUCUUCAAACACCUUACGCCCAACAACAAACCCACCACUCGCUGCCACCGCAAAACCACCGUCAAAUCCCUCGCCACUCUUUCCCACUUCCGAUCCCUAUCCUCCCGCCAGAGACACCAGAUCCAUCUCUACGUUCACGCUAUUCUCCAAUGGAACAAGCGCAUGAAUCUCACCGCAGUCAAAGACGCCGAUGAAGUCAUGGAGAGGCACGUCGAGGACUCGCUCGCGAUCCUCCCUCCUCUUAGGGAUUGCUACCGCACGCGCUGCGGCGGCGCGCCGCCACAUGAGAAGCUUAGCCUCGUGGACGUUGGAACAGGUGCUGGUCUUCCCGGAGUUGUUUUGGCCAUAGCUUGUCCAGAAUGGGAAGUUACACUGAUGGAGUCCAUGAACAAGAGAUGCGUAUUCUUGGAGCAUGUUGUUGGAAUCAUCGGUUCAUCAAAUAUCCAGAUAGUAAGAGGAAGAGCAGAGAGUUUGGGGCAGAAUCAUUGCUUCAGAGAGAAAUUCGACAUAGCAGUGGCUAGGGCAGUUGCAGAAAUGAGAGUGUUAGCUGAGUAUUGUCUUCCACUGGUUCGUGUUGGCGGAUUGUUUAUUGCUGCCAAGGGUCAUGACCCUGAGGAUGAAGUUAAGAAAGCUGAAAGUGCCAUCCAGAAGAUGGGUGCUUCUCUAUUGCAAGUGUGCUCAGUUUUAUUCUUGGUUGGAAUCUGUGCUUGUUAUUCGCGGGUACUUUUCUCUUUGUUUUUUUGGGGCAUGUGCAACACUCCAUGCGCAGUGAUGUGGAAAAAUGUGGAAAAACAGUAGGUACUAGGGAGUUUAAAGUCUAUGCCAGUCAGUGACUGGGUUGUUAAAAUAGUGAUGCUCCAAUGACUUGUGGAGGCUCUCAGUAAACUGUAAAACUUGGGCAUGAAUGUAACAUCCAUGGUGCAUUUGUGUAGUGAUAGCAUCGAACUUUUAGAUUUGUAUUGAACUGAUCACUGAUGCUGAAAGACAGAAGAGUUAAUCUAAUUAUGACAGGAAGAAUGGAGAAAUAACUUUUUUGCUUAGUUAAUAUAAGUUUGCUAUUCAAUUUCGGUACAAGUUCAAAAUUUCGAUAUAUCUUUAAGGAAAGUUACUCAUCAUCCUUAGCCUUACACUAAUUUAACAAAUUCUUACUUGCUAACUAAAACUUAUAUGCACAAUUCAUAUGCUGCACCCUUAAUUUUCACAAAUUAUUGAUUUUCUUAGAGCAUCAGCCAUUGUUCCCUCCCGGCCCAACGCUUCUUAUAGAGUCCUAUGCUGCAUAUUAAAAAGACUUACCUAUCUGGUUGACUCUUGAUCAUAUAUGGAUGCCUAGUGGUUAUCCCUGAGAUUUUCUGAAACAGAAUCUUUGCUAUUUAUUUCUAUGAUAGUUUUGUCAAUGGAUAAACGGACUAGCUUGUUGUGGAAGUAACUUUACAUUAAUUUUGUCAU